AAUGGGGCGUGGUUUGGUUGGGCGAUGUCAGCGGAGGGGGCGUGGCUUGGUGCGGCGAGGCCGGCCGAGAGGGCGGGGCCGCGGAGGCGCAGGCGGUCCGGAGGGACUCGGUGUCCGGGGGGAGCGGAGCGGAGCUGCGGCCGGUCCAGCAGCUUCGGGCACACACGAGUUACAGACCUACCUCCUCCUGUUCCCAAACCUGUGAAGAGCUGUCCCUGCAAUGACGGCACUUGCCAGGAGUUGAGGAGCAAAUCGGCGCUGGAGUUGGACCAAGUUGGGCUGUUUUCUUCAGAACUUGUCUGAGCAAAAGCAGGCUGUUUUGUUCAGCGGGGACCCCGAGUUCAGCUGCAUCAUGGCAACAGUUGUCACGGAGAAGCUCAGCCGCCUGGUCUUCAACGUGCGGCAGCUCCCUCAGCUGCUGGGCCCCCUCUCUCCCUCCACCGUCAGCAGUUCCGAGGUGCCCAAGGUCUUCUGGAAGCCCUACAUCCACACCGGCUACCGGCCCGUGCGGCAGACCUGGCGCUAUUAUUUCUCAACGCUUUUCCAGCAGCACAACGAGGCCAUCAACGUCUGGACCCACCUGGUGGCCGCACUGAUCCUGCUGCUGCGGUUCCAGCAGCUCUCGCACCGCGUGGAUUUCGGGCAGGACCUGCACGCCCGGCCCCUCCUCAUCAUCAUCGUGGCGUCCAUCACCUACCUGACGUUCAGCACCCUCGCUCACCUUCUGCAGGCCAAAUCUGAGUUCUGGCACUACAGCUUCUUCUUCAUGGACUACGUGGGGGUGGCCGUCUACCAGUACGGCAGUGCCUUGGCCCACUAUUACUACGCCAUCGAGCCGAGCUGGCACGAGAUGGUGAAGGGGUUCUACAUGCCGCUGGCCGUGCUGCUGGCCUGGCUGUCCUGCGCCGGCUCCUGCUACGCCAAGUACCGUUCCCACCAGUCCCCGCGCCUGCUGAGCCUGCUGUGCCAGGAGCUGCCGUCCGGGCUGGCGUACGCGCUGGACAUCAGCCCCGUCCUCCACCGCAUCUUCACCGCGCCGCCCGCGCAGCGCGCCGACCCGGCCCUGCUCUACCACAAGUGCCAGGUGCUGUUUUUCCUCAUCGGUGCCUUUUUCUUCUCUCACCCUUACCCUGAGAAGUGGCUCCCCGGGAAGUGUCACUUCUUUGGGCAGAGCCACCAGAUUUUCCACGUGUGCCUCGUGCUGUGCACGCUGGCGCAGAUCGAGGCGGUGUUGUUGGACUACGAGUCCAGGCGCCACAUCUAUUCUGCUCUUCAGGGUGAUUUGGUGCACAAUUUCUCUGCCCUUUGCCUCUUCACCGUCACCUGCUCUGUCCUCACGGCCGCUUACAUGGCCCGGAGGGUGAAGAACAAGCUGAACGUCAAAGAGGAGUAGAAACCCUGAAGGAGAAGCAGGUGAGCUCACCCCAACGGUUGAUCUGCAGCCAGACGCUGGUGUGAACCUGGCCCCUGAUUUCGAGGAGAAGAGGAACAAAAUGCUUCGUGAUCUGUUACUUCUCUUCAUGUUCUCUGUAGGGACAAAAAGUGAGAGCUGCUCUUUAUGCUUUUCUCUUUUUUAAGCAAGCUGCAACUAAUGCUGAAAUUUAUAACAUGGUACACUAGUUUAAUUCACAUGUCUGAAUAAACAGAACAUUAGCACUGCAGCCCUGGAAGGUUUUUUGGAAGCUACUGCGUCUCACCUAAAGGUGAGGAGAUGCCACCCGGUCCUGUUAGUGGUGGCAGAAUGUAACCCACAGCCACAGAUCAAGUCUCUCACAGCCAAGACAAAAGCACCGUGUCGAAUUCUGGAAAGCAAGCGCGCCUGGGACGCGUUCACACAGCCGAGAGCCGCUCAGCCGCGCACCAGGCAAACCAGCAUCUCCGCCUUCUUCAGCGCUCAGACAGGUGAAAAAGACAAAGAAAACUCCAGCCCAUCUCCUUUCACCCCAAAUGAAGGCUGUAAGGAAAAGGGUAUUUCUUCGGCUGCCUCCCCUGUGAAGAUCUUGGCUUUGCUGCGGGUGGAGGAAGCCCAGAAACGAUCCGGCAGAGCUGAGGAGGAGCAGGUGCUGGUUCCACCCCAGCGCCGCGCACAGAAAGCACUGGCCUUGCCGAAUCCUUCGCCGGACUCUUGGUUGUCACAAGCAGAGUCCCACAGCGAGGGCAAAGCGGGUGAGGAUUCCUGCUGCUUCAGCUUCAGCCAGGAUUCAGAGGGAAACCGCGUCAUCGCUCACAGAGACGCCUCUGACUUACUUGCUGGAGAAACGGUGUCAGCGAGUGGCAGCGGAAUUUCAGCCUGCAGGACAAAGAAACACACGGGCCAGCCACACCCAGAGAACACCGGACUGGAUCUCCAACCAAGACUUGGCGCAGACCAGAGUAAGAAACCACGACAAUCAUGUAGUGUUAAUUCUUUAAUUGAUUCCACUGAGAAUAGAAAUCCUGCUCUAAGGAGAGACGGUCCCUGGGCCGCUGCCUUUGGUUCAUCUCCAAGAAGCGCAGCGGGAACGCAGCCUCUGCGUGAGCGCAGCCACAACACCAGCGCUGGCCCAGCUGAAGGCCAGGGCAGGAUGGGGCCACCGAGCGGUCCCUGUGGGCAGCUCUUCACCCAGGAUUCCCAGGGGAACAGAGUCAUCGCUCACCGCAACGUCCCCUCUCCUCACAGGGACAGUGACGGUUCUGGCAGGCGACUGGGGGAGCGGCAGUUAGACGAGUGCUAUGAUUUACUGUUCACGCAGGACUCACAAGGCAACAGAGUGAUCAAACACUGGUAAGUGACCCCAAAAGGGUCACCUAAAGACCUUGGUGAAGCCUUAGGAAAGCUGUUUUUUUGUAAGAACACAGUCAGAAUUAGGUAAGUGUCCACUUUAUUUCUGUAUGUGUGGUCUCGCCAGCACAUGCAAUAAAUCAGUGCAACAGGCAGGACCUCUUUGUUCUCUGAAGUUUUGCUUUAAUAAAGAUAAAAUUUUGAAGGA